AUGAGUAAAAUCAUUCACAAUUUACAAAACAUAGAGUUAGACUCAUUAAAAAAACUUGGAGAAGUUACCAAAUAUUUAAAUGAACAUCCAAUGCUUAGAUCAUUUUUAAUUUCCACUGGUCUCAUUGUAACCUCAAAAUUAAUUAAAUUAAUCAAAAAUAGAAUUAGAAAUAAUACAAUUUUAGAAAUUGAUUUUACAAAUACAAUUGAUACAUCUGAUGUUGAUAUUAGUCCAAUUGAAAAAUUACUUGAUCCAAAUAUUAUUUCAUUUAGAUCACUUUUAGAUGCAAUUGAAAAAGCAGCAAAUGAUAAGAGGGUGAUUGGUUUAAUUGUUAGAUUAAGUGGUGAAAAUCAAUUUUCAUUAGCAAAUAUUCAAGAAUUUAGAAAUGCAAUUUCAUUCUUUAAGAGUAAAGGUAAGAGAACCGUUGCUUUCACUGAUUCAUUCUGUGAGGCUGGUAGUGGUAUUGGUAGAUACUAUAUGGCUUCAAUUUUCCAUGAUGUCUAUAUGGCACCAUCAGGUACUUUAAAUUUAAUUAAUACUCAAUAUGAUUUCGCUUUCAUUAAGAAAACUCUUGAAAAAUUAAAUAUUGUACCAGAUACAAUUACAAGAAAAGAAUAUAAAAAUGCUUUAAGUGGAUUAGUUAAUGAACAUUUAACAGAACCAGAAAAGGAAUCAAUGAAUGCAAUUUUUAAAAGUCUUUAUGAACAAAUUAUUGAAGAUAUUGCAAAGGAUAGAUCAUUAACUAAAGAAAGAGUAAAUGAAUUAUUUGAAAGUGGACCAUUUUCAUCUGAUAAAGCAUUGGUAAAUAAAUUGGUUGAUUCAACAUUGUAUGGUGAUGAAGUUUAUACUACAACCUAUGAAAAGUUGGAAACCACUAAAAAGAAUUCAAAUCUUUUAUAUGCCCAUAAAUAUAAUGCCAAAACCAAACCAUUAUAUGGUAAAAAGUUUGGUAGAUCACAACAAGGUGUUAUUGCAUUGAUUAAUGCAGAGGGUACAAUUCAUCAAGGUACAAGUGCCAAUAAAUACAAUGGUGGCCCAUCAAUUGGUAGUGAUAGUUUAGUAUUGGCAAUUCGUUCAGCCACUUUGGAUAAAGAUGUAAAAGCAAUCGUAAUUAGAGUCAAUAGUGGAGGUGGUUCUUAUAUCGCAUCGGAUAUGGUUCAUCAUGAGAUUGAAGCAUCAAAGAAAGCAGGCAAGAAGAUCGUAAUUUCAAUGGGUACCUAUUGCGCAAGUGGUGGUUAUUUCUUCGCUUGUAAUGCCGAUAAAAUCGUUGCAUUGGGUGCAACACUAACUGGUUCAAUUGGUGUUUUAACUGCUAAAUUCAAUUUGAAAGGAAUGUGGGAAGAGAAGGUUCAUGUCAAAUUUGAUGCCCUCCAUUUGAAUCCAGAUGGUGCCACUGACAAUUCAACUUACUUCUCCUCAUUACACAAUUACACAGAAAAGCAAUUGGCCGAGGUCAAUAGUUAUAUGGAUUUCAUUUAUGAAGAUUUCACUAGUAAAGUUAGUAAAGGUCGUAGAUUAACUCGUGAUCAAGUUGAAGAGAUUGCUCGUGGUCGUGUUUGGACUGGUGCUCAAGCAUUAAAACUCUCACUCGUUGAUAAAUUGGGUGGCUUGAAAGAGGCAAUUGAAGUUGCCAAAGAAUUGGUUGGUAUCGCAUCAAAUGUUCAACCACAUGUUGUCACCUAUCCAAAGGAAACAGUUUUAUCACAAUUGGUUGCCUCUAGUGCAAACAAUUCUCAAGACCUUGAAAGACGUGGCACUCCAGCUCAAGCUUCAAUCACUCAUUCUGUUGGUGUUUCAACAUCAAUCUUUACCAAAUUUUCAACACUUACAAAAUUAAUUCUUUUACCAAAUAAUUCAAUCUCUUCAAUUGCAAAUACUUUAAUUAAUAAUCAAAAAAAUAGUAAUAUCUUAUCAAUGAAUCAAUCUUCAUUAAUUUCUUCAUCUUUUUAA